UUUCCCAUCAUGGCUCCUUCGGUACAGAGGCAAGGAUUCUGGGGUCCGCCAACCUCAACAUUAGACUGGUGUGAGGAAAACUAUGUCGUCUCUUUUUACAUCGCAGAAUUCUGGAACACUGUGAGCAACCUGAUUAUGAUUCUACCUCCAAUAUAUGGUGCCAUACAGACUCUCAAAGAUGGCCUUGAAAUCUGUUAUGUGUUUUCAUUUUUGGGACUUGCAGCGGUUGGUAUUGGUUCAUGGUGCUUCCACAUGACACUGCAGUAUGAGAUGCAGUUACUUGAUGAGUUGCCCAUGAUCUACAGCUGCUGUGUCUUUGUCUACUGCCUAUAUGAGUGUUUCAAGCAGGAGAAGUCCAUCAGCUAUUUGCCCAUCAUGAUUUUGCUGGUCUUCAGUGUUGCAGUUACUGUGGUGUACCUACAGUGGAAGGAGCCAGUAUUUCAUCAGGUCAUGUAUGGAUUACUUGUUGGUUCCUUGGUCUUCCGCUCUGUCUUCAUAGUUUCAUGUGUGUACCCGUGGCUCAAGCCACUGUGCUACACAUCCUUAGGAGUGUUUCUGCUGGGAUUUGUUUUCUGGAAUAUAGACAAUCUCCUGUGUGACACACUAAGAGCUACUCGACAGAGGCUUCCCCCUGUUGUUGGUGCAGUCACGCAGUUCCAUGCCUGGUGGCACAUUCUAACAGGGCUGGGAUCCUACUUGCAUAUUCUAUUCAGCCUCCAGACGAGAAGUACCUACCUCAAACACAGACCAAAAGUGAAGUUUAUAUGUGGAGUGUGGCCUGUGAUUCAUGCUGAGCCCCAGAAGAGCAGCUGAGAGAGGGGAAUUAAGGAUUGGCUACCCCUCCACACCAGCUGCAGUGCCCAUGGUAUUCAGCGGACCACAAGAGACCAGUAGGUUCCCUUUCCAUCAACCCAAGGGAUUCUUUUUCUAAAGCUCACCGAUUUGCCAAGAGUAGCAUUGACAGUUUUCAGGGAAUAUGGGGGUUUUCCUUUCACAGUACUUUAUAGAGUAAGCCAGAUGUCUGUGGUGAAUCUGUAGUGAAAUUGCUGUGACAUUGCAAAUGUUGUUAAUCAUCACAUUCAUGCAGGCACACACACACACACACACACACACACACACACACACACACACACACA